AUUGAGACAGACUCCUCACAUUUGCAUACACUGUUUCCCCACUGCAUAGCUGAAAGACAAUAUGACCCUGCACCGUCCCCCCUUUGCUCGUUAGUGAGCAUCCAGCCCCGGACCGAGGAGUUACUUUCCGUAGCGGGAUUUGGCGGACACCCACUUUCUUUACAGUUCUUUUACGGUCCCCUCCUCUCCGUCCAGCCGGCUGCAGCUGUCUCUCCACGGCUACGGGAGGUUUGCCAGCAUGCUGAUAGAGGCAGCUUAAACCGCAACCCACUGCAGCAGGUCUCCUGUCUCCGUAGAGGUCCAGCCGAGCCGAGCUCCGCUGAGCCAUGCGACAGUGGUGUGUCCCCGCUGCGACCCCACGCACUGAACCACUCCCGGGGUGCCUGUCCGUGUCGCCCCCUCCAUCAGAUGCCAGAAUGGAGUGUUAUGAGGUGGAGCCACGCUACACCAUCGAACAGAUUGACCUCCUGCAGCGCCUGCGCCUAUCAGGUAUGACCAAACCUCAGAUCAUCCACGCUCUGGAGUCCCUGGAGAGGCUGGACCCGGACCACCGCCCGUCGCACUGUGACUCUCACCCGGCCCCAUCCAACAACACGCCCACCACAGCCGCCCCGGCCCCGUCCUCAUCUUCUUCAUCCUCCUCCUCCUCGCUGUCCCUCGCCUCUGCCACCACGCAGACCUCCGGCCUGGACGGCGCCGCGCUGUCCCCCAGCCAUAGCUACGAGGCCUCCCCUCCUCCCCUCUACCCUCCCAGCGUGGCUGUCCAGCGGUCGUUCAGCUACGACAUGAUGGGAGAAGAGGAGUGGGACCUGGAGGAGAAGGUGGAGGAGUACAUGAGGAGAGACAGCAACCUGGUGAAAGAAGAGAUCAAAACUUUCCUCAACAAUCGCAGGAUCUCUCAGGCAAUCGUAGGACAAGUCACAGGCAUCAGCCAGAGUUACAUCUCCCAGUGGUUGCUGCAGCAAGGCCUGGAGAUGAGCGACUCUAAGCGCAGAGCUUUCUACCGCUGGUACCUGCUGGAGAGGAAUAACCCAGCGAGGCCCCGGAAGGACACGAGACAAAUCUAUAAUUUCAGAGGAAAGACAAAUGAUAAAGGGCUGAGGUGGAGUGAAAGCCAGCACAGCGUGAGUCCCAUGCCCAGGGCCAGGGGAGGGGACAGAGACGGCACGCUAGCAGGGGCAAGUGGCAGCCUCCCCAACAUCCUCCCCAACCCCAACACCAACCUCAACCCCAACCCAGUGUGGAGCAGGCAGAGAGAGCUGCUGAUGCACUUGCUGCCGUGGUACACUGCUGCCGCCACAGCCGCCCAGGCCCAGCCAGGUGCCACCUUAUCAAUGCGUUCUUUGGUGAAGGAGGAACCUGACUGGAGGACGGGGAUCAUGGCUGGCGACAGGGCGGGGAUAGUGAGCGGGCCUCUGAGGUUGCGUAGAGGAAGCAGGUUCACCUGGAGGAAGGAGUGCCAAUCAAUCAUGGAGAGUUUCUUCAUGGAGAACCAGUACCCAGAUGAGGCAAAGCGGGAGGAGAUUGCCAACACCUGCAACUCAGUUAUCCAGAAACCAGGUUGUAAGCUGUCUGAGUUUGAGCGUGUGACGGCAUUGAAGGUGUACAACUGGUUCGCCAACCGUCGGAAGGAGAUGAAGAGAAGAGCAAAUAUAGAAGCUGCCAUUUUGGAAAGCCAUGGUAUUGAGGUGCCAAGUCCAAGCUGCCAUUCAAAUGGUGAGGAGGGAGAGAUGCAAGAGUUUGCUGAUCAGGUGAAUCAUCGAUUCUCAGAGCAAGAAGAGUCAUCUACCCAGAGGAUUGUUGACCAACAAGACCCCUCUGCAUUGGCUGCUUCUGAGGUCACGGCCCUGCCGAGUCCCACCCCGCAGGUCCUAGAACAGAAAGAGGAGGAUUCAAAAACGGAGACUGUGGAUGAAGAGUGACCAAAGCCGGUGGAGUUCGGAAUAUCACAUUUGAAUCAGAUGAAAUAGGAAAAACAAGAAGUGUCUCCUGCACCCAUGUAGGGCCUAAGACACCCAUAAAUCAAAGGGAGAAAGGGUGCUGAAGCUCGCUGAGGUGCCUCUGAUGGUAAGGAGGCAACUGUAUUUAUCGAAAGUUAUCCUGCUUAUAUUAACGGCAAUAUACAGUAUAUAUAUGAAUAUAUAUAAAUAUAUAGUGCAUUCCAAGAUGGUAUUAAAAAGCCUAAAUUCCUUAGAGGGAGAAUUAUGUAAAGGAUACCUCACCCAUUUUAAGCUAAGCCUUCUUUUCUUCGCUACAUGCCGCCUUUUAGCUUUCUCAGAGUGGUCAUUUGACGGACCUUGGUGACAUGAAUGUGCUGAGCCUGCAGGUCAGGUGUGUUUUGGGUAACGAGAGUUUGGUGUGGGGAUAAAGUGUGGUAUCAAGGGUCUAGUUUGUGGUGAUACGAGUGCCCUCUGCUUGCUUGAAUGUCUUUGACCCAAUCUGGUUUGUAAGACUCUAACCUCAAUCAGUCGAUUGAUCAAAUCAGUCGAUCAAUCAACGAGUGCUGUUGCUAUUAAAUCCGUAAAGCCCUGAGGGACAACUGGAAUCUCAGGUAAUCCCAAAAAUGGUGGAUAAAGACGGUGAAGAAUUGAUAUAUAUUUUUUUUGCUUUAUCUUCAAAUGACUUUCUUCAUCUUAACUGUGUUUAACCAAAACAGGACGUGUUAUUUAUACCUUUUUAUAUUAGCAGAACAAGCCUAGGACAAUAUAUCAUAAUUAUCUUUGUCAUUCGUCUUCUUUGUUAAACUGAAUGCUGCUGUUUGGUCAUUUUUGUAGUCUACCCUCAUUUCAAAGUCUGUCUCAAACCUGAACUCAGCCUGUGAAGCUAGACUAGUGAAUAAGUCUACUCAGUUUUCUUUUUUUUUUUUUAACGUUUGAAAAAACGCUAAAACAAAAUGUGAUGGAAAAACCAUAAUGCGUCGGCCUACAUGCUACAAGCACCUUCUCUCGUAUUGGAAUAAGCUAAAGCUUUAGCUCAUGUAAGUUUGUACGACUGCAAAGCUGCACUUCAAAGUGGAUCUCACUAUAAUUGAAAGAGGGGAGCGUACCUGCGUUUGGGCCUAGACAUGUACAUAACCCAGAAAAUAUACACAUCUAUGGGUGCUUUUCUUCAAAUUACACUAGCAGUAUAUAAAAAAACUGUUAUUUGUCAAACUUGAAAUAUGAAUAGCUGACUUAAACUCUGUAUUAGUUAGUCCCCUAUAUUCACUGGCCCAAGGCCUCGGGAAAUACUCCCUAAUGUUCAUAAAAUGAACAAAGACGCUUGUUUUCAAAUGGCCCCUAACAGGGCGCUACCAUGUUACCUCCUAAUGCCAAAGCUAUGCCAAGGUAGAGAUGAGCUACAGACUAAACUGUGCUUACAGGACAGGACAUGACUCAGUCACAACACUAUAGAUAUACAGUAUGUAUAGAUGUUUUAUUUGCUCAGUACAACACUAGCCAACUCUAGCUUACCUCAGAAUAACUCUGUGUCAUCAAUGUGUCACAAGCUAACUGUCAUAUAAACUGACAGCAGCCGUUGUUGUGACUGUUAAUGAUGCGGACAGUGUUAUGUAGCAUUUAUGACAGUGGGGUUUGCCCUGUGUUGUUAAUGUAUACUCACCUCAGACAGUUCUCUCGUCCGGCUUUGGACAGGAACCCCAAAGCUGCACGCUGUUUCUGAUUAUUAUGCUCCUCCCUAUCUGCUUUUAUCUGACAACGAGAAAACAAUAACAAUAAAAUUGUUAACAAUGA